AUGAAGUCAUGGGUGAGAUGGUUGGUUGUUGUAUGUUGCCAUACGUUGCUGUUUCACUUCUCAUUCUCCAAUUCCUUAUGUCAUCCACACGAUAAAAUUGCCUUGCUCCAAUUCAAAACCUCUCUCCAUUAUUCUCAUAGUGGUAAUGUUGAUACAAAGAUAGGAACUUGGGAAAAUGGAACAGAUUGUUGCUCAUGGGUUGGGGUUACUUGCCAUCCCAUCUNUGACAGAAUUUCCAAAAUGGACAGGAAAAGUAGCAUUCCACCAUGCCUUGCAAAGUUGCCUUCCCUUUCUAUUUUGGAUUUACAGAGGAACAAACUAAAUGGAACAUUACCAAGUAAUUUCUCAAUGAAUGCUCAUUUCGGCGUUAUAAAUCUCAAUGACAACCAAUUAGAAGGUAUUUUGCCAAAAUCUUUGUCCAAUUGCACACAAUUGGAGAUCUUGAAUCUUGCCAACAAUCAAAUUGAGGACAAAUUUCCUGAUUGGAUUCAAACUCUACCAAUGUUGACAGUAUUGGUAUUGCGUGCCAACAAAUUGUACGGUCCCGUUCCAAGUUUAGAGAUGAAACAUGAAUUUUCAAGUUUACUUAUUUUUGAUAUCUCAUCCAACUACUUCAAUGGUUCAAUACCAAAAACCUAUAUACAAAAUUUUCAAGCAAUGAAGAACGUUAUUCGUUACAAAGUGGGCGAGCUAUACAUGCAACCUUCCAAUAGUAAUGCAUAUGUAACUGAGUCUGCAACUAUAACUGAAUUUGCAACUAUAACAACAAAAGCCAUAAAUAUGGCAUUCAAAAAAAUUCCAAAAAACUUUAUAACCAUUGAUUUAUCUAGAAACAAAUUUGAAGGAGAGAUUCCAUAUGUAAUUGGAGAGCUUCAUGCUCUUAAAGGACUCAACUUUUCUCAUAAUAGACUCAGUGGUUCUAUUCCCCAAUCCAUUGGAAAUUUGACAAAUUUGGAAUCACUGGAUCUCUCCUCAAAUAUGUUCAUGGGUAGGAUACCCACAGAAUUAACCAAUUUGAACUUUCUUGAAGUCCUGAAUCUUUCCUAUAAUCAUCUUGUUGGAGAAAUACCUGAAGGAAAACAGUUCAACACUUUUGAAAAUAACUCCUACAUUGGAAACUCAGGACUAUGUGGGUUCCCAUUGUCAAAGAACUGCAGUAACACUGAACAACAAUCUCCAUCUUCUCCAAACUUCUGGCGUGAAGAGAGAUUUGAAUUUGGAUGGGAAGCAGUUGUUAUAGGAUAUGGAUGUGGAAUAAUAGUUGGAAUUGGUCUUGGAAUUUUUGUAUUAUUCAUUGGAAAGCCUGAAUGGCUUGUGAAAAUGGUCAGAGGUGGUCUUCGUAAAAAGAUGAGAAGAAAGUGAAAUAUGUGAAG